CUAUCUACAAACCCUAACUGGGCCACAAUGGUACAGCUCCCCACAUUAAAUUCACUACCUCAGUGUACUCACACCUUCACCAUAUCAUCCAUUUUCUGUUCAGUCCUCCCUCACUCUCAGCAUUCUUUUCACAUUUUCAUAUAACCUCUUGUAACCUAGGGCUAAAGCUACACCCUACAACUUCCCUUCUAUGUGCUCUCUCCUAAGUCCUAAGCCUUAUAUAAUUCACCUUUUAUAAUUUUAUUCAAAUUCAAAUAUAAUACCAAAACUGAUCUUUGUUUGGCCAUUGGCUCUCUAUGUACUAGUGGUUUGAAACAUUUGAGACUCUAGAGUAAGAUAGAGAAGAAACUGGAGACAUGGGGCAUCACUCUUGCUGCAACAAGCAGAAGGUCAAAAGAGGGCUAUGGUCACCUGAAGAAGAUGAAAAGCUCAUAAACUAUAUCACAACUUAUGGACAUGGUUGCUGGAGCUCAGUCCCAAAACUUGCAGGCCUGCAGAGGUGUGGAAAGAGUUGCAGAUUAAGAUGGAUAAACUAUCUAAGACCUGAUUUGAAACGGGGAAGCUUCUCUCCUCAAGAAGCAGCACUCAUUAUAGAACUUCAUAGUAUUCUAGGAAACAGGUGGGCUCAGAUAGCCAAGCACCUACCUGGAAGAACAGAUAAUGAGGUGAAGAACUUUUGGAAUUCAAACAUAAAGAAGAAACUGCUUUCUCAUGAUGUUGUUCCUUCUUUAGCCACAUUUUCUGAUAUUCACGGUCCUCCCAAUAGUUCCAUGGAAAGUUUCUUCCCUUUAACUGACAACCCUAUCCUUAACUCCCAUCAUCACUUAGACCAGCUAUUCCUUCCCAUCAUCCCAUCCCCAAUCCUACAAGCCUUUGAUCAUCAUCACCAUAAUAAUGAUAUCAAACAUAUUGACAUUAACAAUUUUAAUAAUAAUAAUGCCAAUUUCCUACAUUUUCAGAAUCCAAUGCCAGAAACAGUGCCUCCAAUAUCCAACAAUAUUCCAUCUUUGUAUCAAGAAGAUACAUGGUCUUCAUUGGGGUGUGUACCUAUUCAUCUUAAUCCAAAUCAAGAAAAUCAAAUCAUGAUCACCAAAAGUGAUCAUACUACCCCACACUUGAUUGUUGACAAAUUCGUCAAUCCAAGUACAUGGCAGCAGCAGCACUCUGUGGAAGUGGAACCCCCCAUUGUACCAAAAGUGUGUGAGAGCAUUGAGGAUUAUGUCUGUAGCAUUCCAUAUUCUUCUUCUGCUAAUUCACAUGAGGAAGCUGUUGCGUGUUACACACCUGCAGUUAUUUGUCCACAAGAUCAAACUGCAGCACCGAAUCAAGUGGAGUACAUUGAUGCUCUCAUCAUGUCAUCGUUGCCAUCCACAACAACAUCGUCUUCAUCAGUAUCAUUCUUCCAAGCAAACAAAUAGUCACAAAACCUAUCAUUCCUUCAGGUUAAUUGGUUGUCAUCAUCAUGAGCAUUGGUUACUAUAUCAUAUAAUAGGUUAAUUUUAUGUAAAUAUAAUUGAGUAGUGGGAGAAUCUAUUUAUAUUUGUGAUGAGCACGAUUAAUUCCAUGCA